GAAGUUCACGGUUUUCAUCCAAAACCAGUGCCUACAACAGUUGCUUUAGAGAGAGAUGCAUACAAUUGGCCAUUAAGAUCACUGUGCAGGCCAAGUCUCGACUAGCCAACAGAACCCUAAAAUGAAAACAAGAGCAGAGCUCUGUUUUGCCUUUGGAUUUUGCGAAUUCGAAGAGAGAAAGAGACAACCAGUAUUAGAAAUGAAGGGAUGACGUGGCAACUAAUUUCUUCUCCUCCUGCAAUCCAUGAUCUUCACAAGCUCGUCAAGGCAUGAUUUUUACACGUUUCAGAGAUGACACUAAACUCACAGAAACGAGAAGAAAUUGGUCCCGGAUUGCUUAAAGCAACCGAGGAAUCUAGGGUUUCCAUUAUCGGAUUCUCGGAAAACUACGCGUCUUCAAGAUGGUGCCUUGAUGAACUUGUGAAGAUCAUGAAUUGCAAGAGGAAACUCACUCAGAUUGUUAUUCCCAUCUUCUACGACGUCCAACCCUCCGACGUUCGCUCGCAGAGGUGGUGUUAUGCAGAAGCAUUUGCCAAUCACGAAAAGGGGUUCGACUUGGAAUCGGAAAAAUAGUAAAAGAUGCACUUGUGAUUUGAGUCAGAAUUGUCCUCACCUGCAAGUCAAGUUUACUGUAAGUUGUUUUCAACUCUCAAUCCCACACCAGUUCGGGCCUAAUGUAAAUUUUGAUACAAUGCUAAGUUCAUUCUUUGAUUAUUCUCCUUCCUGCAAAGGGUCACUCUCACUUAUGAGGCAGGUAACGGUUCAUUCAUUUCUUCAUGAGAUUGGAAAUUAAAAUUUAUCAUUUGGUGUUCGCCCGACUGUAAAAGAUGUGAGUUGGUCAAUGAUUUUAUAUUAGUAAUAUCAAAUGGUAGGUUUUGUGUCAAUUAUAUCCCUUUCGGCUUUCAGAUAAGGUACUAAAUUACUAAUGCAUUGUCAAACUACUUUUUUGGAGUUGAUAUUGUGCCACACGCGAGGUGCAGGAACUAUGAUUCUUCCUCAUAUUUGUCAUACUUUAAUUUUUUUUUAUAGGAUUAGUUACUCCAUUAAUUCAAAAAUGUUAAAAAAAGACAGAAAAGAAAUCAUUUUCUGAUCUAUAUAGGUCAAGGUUAUGCCCUGCUCCUCUCACGCACAAACUUUUCCUUUCAUUUGAUCAAACUGUUUGAGCUUUGACAAUGGCAGCUUCCUGUGUUUACGAUGUCUUCUUGUCUUUCAGCGGUGUUGAUACUCGCAAGAAAUUUACGGGCCACCUAUUGGCCGCUUUGGAUCGGCAUGGUUUUAACACAUUCAGAGAUGACACUAAACUCACAAGGGGAGAAGAAAUUGGUCCCAGAUUGCUCAAAGCAAUUGAGGAAUCUAGGGUUUCCCUUAUCGUAUUCUCGGAGAACUACGCUUCCUCAAGAUGGUGCCUUGAGGAGCUGGUGAAGAUCAUGUAUUGCAAGAGGACACUCAAUCAGAUUGUUAUUCCCAUCUUCUAUGAUGUCCAGCCUUUCGACGUUCGGUCCCAGAGGGGUUGUUAUACUGAAGCAUUUGCCAGUCACGAAAAGCAGUUCAACUUGGAGUUGGUGAGGAAUUGGAGGUUGGCUCUAGCCGAGGCUGCCAAUUUGUCCGGUUACGGUCUGCAAAAUGUGGCCAAUGGGUGUGAGUCGACAUUUAUUGAGAUUGUUGUUGGAGAAGUUGCAGAUAAAUUAAAUCCUACAUGUCUAAGUGUUGCGGACUGCCUAGUUGGAAUACAACACCAUCUUGAAAAACUGAGUUUGUUUCUUAAGUUGGGGUCAAAUAGUGAUGAUGUUAGGAUUGUUGCCAUUUGGGGUAUUGGCGGAAUAGGUAAGACUACAAUUGCUAAAGCUAUGUAUAAUCGGAUACAUCGUCAUCAUGAGUUUGAAAGCAGUAGCUUUCUUGCAAAUAUUGGACAAACUUCGAAGCAACCCAAUGGCCUUGUUGAAUUACAAGAAAAGCUUCUCUGUGAUCUCCUAAUGGAUGGAAAUCAAAGAAUAAGAAGCGAAGAUCAUGGAAUUGAGGUGAUAAAACGGCGAGCAUGGAGUCGAAAGGUUCUUCUUGUUCUUGAUGACGUGGAUAACAUCAGCCAAAUGAGGGCGUUGGCCAUAAACCGUGAUCUGUUAAGUCCUGGAAGUAGAAUCAUAGUAACAACAAGAGAUUUGUCUUCAUUAAGUUCACUUCGAAUGGAUGAAGUGUAUAUGCCUAAGGAGUUGAAUGAGGAGGAAUCUCUCCAGCUCUUCAGUUGGCAUGCCUUUAGGAGAGACCAUCCUGUAGAAGACUAUGAGAUUCUCUCUAAGGAAGUAGUGAGUUAUGCUAAGGGGCUUCCUUUAGUUCUUGAAAUUUUAGGUUCCUUUUUGUCGGAUAAAGCCGUACAUGAAUGGAGCAGUGAAUUGAAGAAAUUGAAAAAGAUUCCUCAUCAUGAUGUUCAGGGAAAACUUGCGUUGAGCUUCAAUUCACUUGAUGAUGAACAGAAGGGUUUAUUCCUACACAUCGCAUUUUUUUUGGUGGGAAUGAACCAAGAUUUUUCAAUCAAAAUACUAGAAGGUUGUGGUUUCUUCCCAGAAUCUGGAAUUGGUGUUCUAUCUUGUCUUUGUCUUGUAAGAAUUGAUCAGCGUAACCGGCUAAUGAUGCAUGAUCUGAUUCAAGACAUGGCUAGAGAAAUCGUCCGCCAAGAAUCGCCUGAAGAGCCUGGCGAACGUAGUAGAUUGUGGUAUCGUGCAGACGUACUCGAUGUACUAAGAAAUAACACAGGGACGAAAGCAAUUCAAGGCUUAUUCCUGAACUUGCCGGAAUCAGAGAAGGUAAAACUAAAUGCCAAGGCAUUUACAAAGAUGGACAGACUGAGACUGCUUCAUCUCAAUAAUGUCCAUCUAAGUGGAAGCUACAAACAUAUAUCUGGAAGACUAGUAUGGUUAUCUUGGAAAGGAUUUUCUUCAAAAUAUGUACCAUCAACCUUGAUUAUGGAUAAUCUGGUUGCCAUUGACUUGAGCUAUAGCCACCUCAAACAAGUUUGGAAAGGAACAAAGGUUUUGUGCAGAUUGAAAUACCUCAAUCUCGGUCAUUCCUAUUUAUUGAUCAAAACUCCGGACUUUACGGGUUUCACCAGUCUUGAGGAAUUGUUGCUAAAUGAUUGUACAAAGCUGGUAGAGGUUCACCAAUCUAUUGGAUGUCUGAAAAAUCUUCUUGUCUUGAAUAUGAAGAAUUGCCAGAAUCUUGAGAAGGUUCCCCUGAGCAUUUUCAUGUUGAAGCAUCUCCUUUAUUUCAAUCUAUCCGGCUGCUCCAAAUUAGUUUGGCCAACAUUUUUUCAAAGAUCGCCACCUGAAUCAAGUGUCUUGUCAUUACAGUUAUCAAGUAGCAUCAGGGAAUUAUCUCUGAAAGACUGCAAUAUAACAUAUGUGCCCAGUGAAAUUGGUAGUUUGGUGUUCUUGGAAAUUUUGAAUCUUGGAAGAAACAAAUUUUCUAACCUACCAACUACCAUCACUAGUCUUCCGAAAUUGAAGUCCCUCUCUAUAAACCAAUGUAAUCUGCUUGAAUCAGUUCCAGCGCUUCCAUUAAAUUUAUUGAGAUUGAAUGCAAACUACUGCACAUCAUUGCAAAGCAUAUCAAUGGAAUCAAAACUAGCAAAAGUACCAUUCAUGACUUUUUACGGUUGUCCCAAAUUAGUGUACAAUUUUACAUAUAAUUUUAGAAGAAAUCUCCUCCAUUAUCAGGGACUGCGAGAACAAGGUGAGUUUAAUAUUUUUCUUCCCGGGAGUGAGCUACCGAGGUGGUGCAACUACCAGAGGGAAGGACGUUUUACACGUUUUCUGGUGCGAAAGCCUGUAGGUCGGAUAAUACAAGGGUUAAUUCUGUGUGUUCUUUUUACUAGCCGAGGCUUCAAUCAAGACUAUAGCUCUUUGGGAUCAGUUCAUGGCCGAAGAUGUGAUUUGUAUCACGCAAGUUUUGAAGAUCAGAUGUGGCUCUCCUACAUACCACUUCGAUGCCUUGAAUAUAGUUUGGGGGGUUGCUAUCAUCCGUUGAACCACGGAGAUGAAGUGGAGAUUGAAAUAAGAGCAAUGAUCAAGAGUUGGCGGUUGAAAAAGUGCAGGGUUAGUCUGGUUUAUGAGGGCGAUGACAAGUGUUAUGAAAAUGUUGCUGCUUCAGACGUUCUUCCAGUUGGUGAAAAUGUGACUGCGGUAACGAAUUCUAAAUUUCUUGAUGAGGGAGAGAUGCAUAUAAAUCCAACGGUACUUCCUCGGAUUAUAGAAUGGGAGGUCCGUAGAUGGAUGUAAUUAAAGAGGGUGAAAAUGUUUUUGGCGCGCAAAGAAAUUUUGAGAAAGAAGGAAUGAAAGAAAUUUUGAGAAAGAAGGAAUGACUUGCCUGUCGAUACGCGAUUUGUAUCGGUCAGUUUACAUCGCGAAUGUAACAUUUUCACUCUCAUUCAUUGGUCAAAUCAUCUUAUGAUGUGUAUUCCAAGAACAUAAAAAGGUAAUCUACAAGUUCCGUAAAGUCAGUGUGGUAUAAGAUGCGUGACAAUUUGAAUGAUAAUCUGAAUUUUUUGUUUGAUUUGCAAGUUCGAAUUCAACCUAGCUAAAAAAAUAAAUUAAGAACGGUUAGAGGUUGGGUUACAGUUAAACGGUUCUUAUGGUGGGUUGACUCAAUUGAGUACUUUCAAUUGGUCUAAGUUGUACUCCUAAAUUAAUGCA